AUGAUAGCUAGUUGAGGUCUGUGAUUAGACUUUUUGUUCAGUUGUUAGUCUCAAGGCUUGUGUGUCAUUUGUGCUAAUCAAACUCUCUUGUCUAAUUAUCACAGAUAUCUAGUAUAGCUAUAUCAAAUGGCUACUCAGGAGUUUAAAACCUCAGCAGCCAGGGCUUUCCGUGAGCACUAUGACAAACUGCAUGGUGAAAUCCAUCCAAGAAGCAGAUCUGCCUGUGUUGGGAGCUCAGUUCUUUAGUCAACAGUUAAUCUCCAUGGAAACAAUGGAAAUGGUUGGAAAUGUGUCCACCUCAAGAGCUCUCGGAGUGUCCAAGUUUUGAUGCUAGCUGUGAUGACUCACCUGAACGUGCAUCCGGACAAGUUUGAGAGUGCCUUGGACGUCUUCAGAGAAGAGCUGGUGUAUGCUGAAGUUGUUAGCAUGAUUUCGUUGUCUUUUGGUAACAUUCCUACUGACUCUCAACACUCCUCAACUGUGCUGACGGCUUCACCAAAAACAGCUAUUGGAAAAUACUCGAACUACCUGAAAAAUGUAUACCUUCGAUCGAAGCUUCCUGUCAAAGGAAAAUGGCCUCCUGCUCUCUGUAAGAAGAUCAUUAAGCUAGCUACUAUUGAAAUUGAAGAUGAUCGCUCACAUUUAGCAUUGUGUAAGCUAAAUAGAUCUGAGUCGAUUGAUGAGUACAUGCAAAACAAUAGAAUGGAUCCCAUUUCAAUGGAAGAACUUUUAACUGAAAAAAACGGCUCACUGCCGAAAACCGUAAUCGUUCAAGGAGUCCCAGGAAUAGGAAAGUCGACUUUUGCAUGGAAGUUUUGUAGAAAGUGGGCCAAAGGGAAGAUCUAUCAGCAGUAUGAUCUGGUUGUUUUGUUGCGCAUGCGUGAUACAAGAGUGAGAGAAGCAACCAAACUGAGCAAUCUCUUUUUUUCAGAAAAUGCCGACUUUUCAAAUGAAGUAGCAAAGCAAGCGGUUUGUGAUGGUGGAAAAGGCAUUAUCCUUCUAUUAGAAGGAAUAGAUGAGCUUCCAGCUCCUUGUUUAGCUGAUGGUAUGCCUCUUUCUAACUUGCUUCAAGGUGAAUCCCUUCCCCUAGUUACCAUCAUAGUAACCAGUAGACCAUGGGCUGUGCAGACACUAGAAGAAAAAUGUGGGGAUCAGAUAUCUCGACAGGUGGAAAUCUUGGGCUUCACAAGAGAAGACAUCUUGAGGUACAUUUUGCAUGCUUUCACUGAGGAGGAAAAGACAGAGUUCUUAGACUACCUCCGUUCCCACCCUCAGCUGGAGUCCAUCAUGCACAUCCCACUGAAUGCCGGCUUUGUUGUUCAAAUCUACAAGCAAUUUCAUCGUUCUCAGCAAGCUAUCCCUAGCACCUUGACCCAGCUCUACACAGCUCUUGUUGAGGGUCUCUUACUCCGCUAUAUCAAGUCAGUUUCUGAGUUUGAUACUCUAAAGAUUAUCAGUGUUUCAAGCUUGCCAGAACCAGUACAAACACAUUUCCAUCAGCUUUGCCUACUAGCUUUCAUGAGUUUCACCAAGCUGACUGUUCAAGUCACGUUCACCGAUUCAGAAGCAGCUUUGUACGAGUGUUUUGAUUUUCUGGAUCUCAUGCAGUCCUCAACUGAACUUACCAUAAACACGAGUACCACUGUAUCCCACAGCUUCCUCCAUUUCACAAUCCAGGAGUUCCUAGCAGCUUACCAUCUCUCUAAACAGCCGUCCCAAGUUCAAGAGUUGUUUUUGGAAGUUCACAGCAAAGAUCCACAAUUUUCCAUGCUCAUUAAAUUUCUGGUUAGAUUGAGCAGCAGGGUUUUGCAUUGUCUUACAUUGCCACAGUUAAAAAUUCAAUACAUAUCAACGUUUCAUUUGCACUUGUUGUAUGAAGCACAAUCCCCCAAGGAUGUAUGCAAGUUCUUAGGAAAUAAGACUAUAGAAUAUUCUCCUUCGGGGACAAGUACAUCACUUGACCUACACGCAUUAACGUAUUGUCUUCGCUUCAGUGAUUGUUAUUGGUGUCUGAAUAUUAAUCUUCAAAACUUCACGUCACUCUUUUGCAAUUCCGAUGAGUUUUACAAAGGGCAAAUACAGACCCUAGAAAUUUACAAUGUGUCUGUGAUUAACCUUCAAUUGUUAUUUUCUCUUCCCAAGCGUCUAUUUUCAAACUUGUAUAGACUGAUAAUCAGUUUGGCAAAUGAGCCUGUUUGUUCCGUUGUUCGAGAUAUCUUAAUUGACGGCCAGCUAAAUGAAUUGAAACAAUUUUCUUUCGUCAGUAAGUUUUUACCUUGUGAUUUAGGCUUAAUAAUUGAAAGUAUGUUUGCUUCUCACCCUAAUCUUGUUCACAUAGGAAUAGGAAGGACUUUAUAUCAUUCUGUGACAUGGUUGGAUUAUGCAAAUACAUGAAUUCUCGCUCUGGGUCACCUGAGCUUACACUGGAUCUUAGCCACAACAGUAUUGACAGCGAGUCUCUUCGUUUGCUUAUUAGUACUGUUGCAUUUUCGAAGGUUCUUACCCAUUUGGAGAUUUCUUUUACUAAACUCUCAAUGGAAGCAAUAGAAAUGGUUUCUGUCACUCUUUCUGCUAAUUCAUACUUGAAAACGUUAGGUAUGAUCAAUUGCUCAAUCGGUGGUGAAGGAGCUGAAUUACUAUCCACUGGACUGGAGGAGAAUCGAACUCUCCUCGGAUUGGAUCUUCGCAAUAAUUCCAUCAAUGUGAAUGGAGCUGCUGCCCUGGCUUCAAUGCUUACUGUGAAC